AUGGCGGUGGUGGUGCUGGUGAUGAGCGGAGCGAGUCACUGCGCCGCGAGUGUUGUGGGCCACUCGCUGCAGAUGGACGAGGCCUCGGGCGCGGUGCUGACCAUCCGUGAAGGGACGCUGCUUCUGGGCGAGAGGGCCAUUCCGCGGAUUGUGUUUGAGGCGUCUGGUCCAGGCAUCAAGUCGAUCGCUGGUGUGCAGACUUUGGUUGUGCCGUCGACUGCUGCGGCGUUCUCGGUCCUUUACGUCAACGAGCUCGAGGCCAACGAGACCACGGUCCACAUUCACGGCCAGACUCCGCCACAGAACCUGGAUGGCGUGCCGUACCUCUCGGCGCUGCCGAUCCGACCCAAGCGAUCACAGUAUGUGGCGUACCCCCUUGUUGGCAACAAUCUCGGCGCCAACACUGGGACGUACUUUGCACACGGUCACUUUGGCUACCAGCACUCGCUCGGCCUCGCCAUGCCGGUCAUUGUCAAGGGGCCGCCUCCUGCAGGGUAUCCCCUCCUUGCAGCACUUGAUGCUGCAGAGGACGUAGUUGUCUUUCUUGAGGACGUGUGCCCGUACUUUGCCGACGAUCCGUCCACCAAUCCAACAUGCACCGAGCCGUUUGAAGUCUACGCUCGCCUUGUCGAUGCCUGGGCCGACGAGGCUGCGUCGUUCAACUACUCGCAGUGCAUGGAGCCAGCGACUGGAACGGAUGUGCUGUACCGGUAUCAGACUGCCAACUCGCGGCUGGCAUCCGAUCCAGCCGUGGUCGAGGCUGUGCCUGGCGGAAAGCUGCGGUUGCGGUUUAUAGCUGCGUCGGGCAUGACCAACUACCGCAUCGUUCUCCCACCGGAGGUUCGGGAGACCGCUCGUGCAGUGGCGGUCGAUGGACAGUGGAUUCUUCCGCUGGAGCCGGGCAGCGACGGUGAGUUCUGGCUCGCGGUGGCGCAGCGGCUCGAUGUGCUCAUUGAGGCCCCACAGACGCCCGGGGCGUAUCCGGUCUUUGCUCAGGCCGAAAGCCUAGAGCCAGGCUCGCUGCAGUCAGCCAUCACGAUUGUUGUCGGUGGGCCGGCACACAUCCCUGCUCCGGGUGUGUACUCGGUGACCACCUCAAUUCCGCCUGGCAUCAUGAACUUUGCGCAGGAGCUGCGGCUGCAGGCGUACCGGCUCGGUGGCACCGAUGAGCUUCCCGAUUUCGCGCAGCCGGACAAGCUGUUCCGUCUGGAGCUGACUGGCGACAACGGAUUCAACUCGAUCAAUCGUGCGUCGUACCAGCUGGUUCCGUUCGCACCACUGCCGUACUCGGCCAACCCCAACGCGCUGGUGGUUGAUCUGGGUGACAAGGUUUGCAUCGACUACGUCAACUUCAAUGCUGACCCGCAUGCCAUGCAUCUGCACAUGCACUCGUUUAUGGUGGUGGAGAUUGAUGGGCAGCCGGUGAAUGGGGCCAUUCGCGACACGCUGCUUAUGGCGCGUGGCGGAUGCCACUCUGCUCGCAUCUGCUUUGUGGCCGAUGCCCCUGGCCCCGCGCUUCUGCACUGCCACAUGAGUUUUCACCUCUUUGCCGGCAUGGUGACGACGGUCGAGUACUCGUCGACCGCUCGGGUGGCGCCGUCUUACACCGCGCCGAUGGGACUUGUCCCGCGGCCCGCGGCCUCUACCGCGCCGACGUCCCCCGCCUCGAUCUCUCGGGGCGAAGCCGCUGCAAUUGGCCUCUUUGCCUUUCUCGUCUGUUCCAUCCUCGCUGGCGUUUGCUUCUUGGCGGCCCGCUGGUGGAGCAGACGGGUAGACUCAUCCCCACGCUGGCCACACUCCUCCCCGGCUGGCUCCCCGCUUGUCGCUGUCCGUCCGCUCCGCCGCACCGGCUCUACCUCAUCGUCGCACACCUCGCACACCCUCACACCCGACACGUGAACGCCCACCCACGUUCGUAAAAGCCAGAGAACUGCGC